AUGUACGUAGUCUUGAAGACCGACGAAGAGAAGGCCAGCAACACCAAGGUCGAAGUCCCGGAGCUGGUUCCGAUUACGGCGGAGGAGCAUCUGGAGUACAGCUUGGCGGAGCGGCGUAGGAACUUCCGGAAGAACCGCGAGAAGCGCGUCGCCGAGAUGACCAAGGAGUCGGAAGCCGAGCACACCGUCAACUUGUCGCCACUUCAUGGAGGCUCAGCUCUGACCUUCACGGAGCUUGUAUUGCCAACGCAUACCAACCACAUGGGCAACACCUUCGGCGGGCAGAUUAUGGCAUGGAUGGUCAAGGGAGCGAAGACGGUUGUUUGGCUGCACCUCAGGAUGUCCUGUGCGCCCAAAGAUGGUGCUGAUGACGGCCGCCCACCCCUUGGCGUUGGAGGUGUGGAUCGGCUCCAAGUGGAGCAGCUCAAGGAUGCGUUCCUGCAGCCUGUAAGCGUGGAUACCGUGCACUUCAAAGCACCAAGCCGGCUUGGCGACCGAGUGCUUGUGACGGCCUCGGUGACGCGAGUCUUUCCCUCAAGCAUCGAAGUAAAAGUCCGGGUCACUUCUAAUUCGGCCAGCACGCAAGAUGUACCCAUGGAGGUUAACGAGGGCUACAUGAAUUUCGCUGUGAUGCGUGGCCCAUUUCAUGAGCCGCUCACGAGGCACGUCACAGACGUGGUUCCCGGUACCAUGGAGCAGGACCAGGAGUACCGGAAAGCAAUUGCCCGGCAAGACUUCCGUGAGUUUCGGCGGAUGGACGGGAAGAGGUCACAACCUUCCUUCGAGUCAUCGUGCCACCAGUUCAGCGUUGACUUUGAUCCGGAAAGUGAGAAGGCACAGCAGGUGGCUGUGCAGUGCCUCUCGUGUAUUCUUUGCCUGAACGAUAACGCCACGCUUCGCUGGGAGCGCCUCAUCACCACCACAGAAGGCGUCGAAGCCUGGGUGGAGUUCGGAUUACGAAACACUUCCUCCGUUUCGCGCCUGAAAGUCAAGGCGACUAUCAAGAGAUCACCAUCCGACUGUUUCCGGCUGCUGAAGGAUGCCAACAGCAGGAUGGAGUUCGACGUCAACUGUACCGAAGCUGAAGUCAUCCUUUGCUGUCGCAACUCCGCAGACCUUGUUCGGAUGGUCAUGGCGCCACCGCCCAAUGACACGAGUCCCACCAAAAGGCCGAAGCAGGAACUCCUUGUCUUGCGCGCUUACGAGGAGAAGCCUGACCAGAAUGUGUUCAUCCUCUGCUCGCGGAGCGUGCGAUCCGACAAGCGUUUUCCACCCCGGGAUGAUCUCCAGCGGACAGAAGUCUUACCAUCAGGCUACAUCAUGGAGGCGACUAGCGAGAGCAGCGAAUGCACCAACUUGACCUUCCUCGGUCAGUUCAGUCAGGCGCUCUUCGACAUGGUGCAGCCGCAUGCUAUGGAAACCGUGAGACGCUUCAAGGAGCUUCUUGAGAAGCCCAGUAAUGAAUCUGGCGGCUACGCGGGGGCUUCCUAA